AUGCUUAAAGACACACCAGCUACAGUAUAUUCUGAAAUUGUUGUGAAUCUAACAACCACUGGUGAACCAAGGCGUUCGUCAUCAAAUGAUUCAAGUUAUGAUAUAAUUGCAGAAUUUCUUGAGAAAGUUGAAGAGUACGAACGAAAUAAGGAAAAUUGUAAACCAGGUACGCAAUUUAAUUUAGGCAAAGGAGUGAUUCAACAAUAUGGAAUAAACAGAUUUAAAAGACAAGCUCUUGUAGCCGUCAACAGGGCAAAUUUUUUGACAAGAAUAUGGAAAACUGCCCCACAAGAGGUUCUUGAUUCGGAAUACCUCUUUUAUACUCAAGUCCGAAAUUUUGUUGAAGGUGAUCAUGACAUUUUUGCUGCUGGUAAUUGUUAUGACUAUAGGGAGUAUAAAGGUUUAUACCUGUUCUGUCCCUUUGCCUACAGAACAGAGAACGGGACUAUCAAUGUGAAGGAUUUGUCAAUUGAAUAUGAUUACUUGGGGAAUACAUCCGAAUGGUUUUACGAAGCAAAGAAGCAUGCUGCCAAUAUAGACAAUUUUAAUAUCACCUAUGGUACUGCCCAAUGGAGAUAUAACGACACUUCACAAAGUAUCCCAGAAAUGGACACAUCCAUUACUGUAACAUAUGAUGAUGGACAUUGGAGCAUUCCAUACUUUGAUUGCGGGGGUGGAUUCAUCUGGAUGAUGACGUAUACUGUACCUUUCUUUGGAUACAGAAAUGGAACGUUUAAAUUCAAAGGAACGAGUGGGAUUGAUAUAGAUCUUCAGAAAGUUGAUAUAGAUCAGUGUCCAAAUGAACCAGGAGAAGAGCUAAAUGUUUUUGCAAAUUCAGCUAGAUGCAAAAAUGCUACAACAAAGUGUGUUCCUAUCAGCGGUCUCGGUUUCCGGAGAGGCUCCUAUAAAUGUGUUUGCAAAGAUGGGUUCUAUUUUCCCAAUACAAAGGAUUUGAACAAGUAUUACAAUGGAUCGGAAAUUGAAAUACGAUACAGAGAGAAAAUAUAUGGAGAAAGUGAUUACUACGAUAAGCAUUUUGAGUGUUUACCGUGUGCUGAUGGUUGUGAUGUAUGUGAGGACGAUAGUCCAUGUGUUAUAACACUAAAUUGGUCACAACGUAGUGUGGUGUUGGCUGUAUCAGCCCUAAUCAUGUGCUGUAUACCAGCACUGAUAUGGUUUACUGUACAGUACAGGGAUAUUAAGGUAUUAAAGGCAGCUAGUCCAGUUUUACUGCGGAUCAUAUUACUUGGGGCGUUUUUACUUUAUUGUCCACUUAUAGUAAGUUAUUUUGAGGCCAGUGUACUCACAUGUUGUUUACGGUUCUGGUUCAGAGAAAUUGGAUUCUCUAUUUCAUACGGGGCCUUACUGUUAAAAACAUGGAGAAUAUCUGUUGUCUUCCGCGUAAGGUCCGCACAAAGGAUUAAAAUAUCAGACACAGAUCUUAUAAAAAGACUGAUUAUCAUAUCGCUGUUAUUUGCUGUGUAUUCUGUAGCGAGGACAGUAGCAGGGACACCUAGAGUAGUACAAGGUAAACAUGUAAGUGGUCUAAAAGCAUUCCAAUGCUCUUCCGACUGGUGGGACCACUCAGCGGCUAUAGCCGAAUUGUUAUUUUUACUCUGGGGAAUACGUUUGUGUAUAGUAGUUAGAAAGGCACCCUCCGAAUUCAAUGAAAGUCGUUUCAUCAGCUGGGCGAUUUAUAACGAAACACUUUUGUCAUUAUUCCUCAAUGUUUCUAUGAUAUUUUUACAGGAUCCGUUUCCAGCGAAUCCCGAUUUAUUAUAUCUUGUCAUUUUCAUUCAUUCGAAUUUAACAACUACAGUUACAUUGGCUUUCCUUUUUGGAAGUAAAGCAUAUCUUGUAUAUAAAUAUCGUGGUAAAAAUAAUGAGGUUCAGCAUACAACAAUGAUGUCCAAGGGUGGUGGUUCACGACACAUGUACGGUAACAAACAAACGACCAUGAACACUGAUACACUCACUUCAAAUGCAAAUUCUUUCGUCGAUAAAUAUGUAGAAAAAUCAGCAAAUGAUGGCGAGUCAGAAAGUCUUCUCGAAAAAGAUAUUCAGGAAGAAUUUCGAAGGCUUUAUACUCAGCUUGAAACACUUAAACAGCGUAAUAUGAAGAUAGGAAACAGACAUUUGCAACACAAAUUAUCUGCCAUGACAGAAGCGGCUCAAAAAGAUGACAGUCCCGACGAAUCUCGAACUGGAACCCCUAAUAUGAACGGUAAAAGAGUUAUAAUAAACCUAGAUGACUUCAAAGAAUCAACAACUUUGUAGGAAUAUUACACAUGACAAUCAAAUGGUUCGUGAUAUGCAAGACGCUCAUUGCGCACGUGCAUGAAAUAAGUUAAAUAAUCAAAAAUUUGAGAACAGACAAACUGGAUAGGAGUGUUGUUUUUUCAAUGAGUAUCAAUAGUUCGGUAGACUUAUAGUUAAGUUGAUAGUAAUGAAAACCCUGAUGUUAAAAUAGAUGUUAUCGAAAUAUGAAAUUGAAUUUUUACUUAAUGAAGGCGACGAAAGAGACUGGCCAUAUGUGUUCAGGACAAUUUAACAGGUCCAGGUCGUAGAAUAUAUUAUCUAUAGCUUACUUCAAAUUAAUCAAACAAACUGUUUUUAACAUUUUAAAUGCAAAUCCUUGAUGAGGCCAUCACUUUCAAUUGUAAGUUUAUAUACAGGUGCAUUUUAUAUAUUUUAUUUAAAACAGAAAUAUGUGGAUAAAACAAACUGUAAAUUAUUUAAAAAGUGAUGGAUGAUGCAAAUAGUAAUCUUAUUUAACGUACAAAGCUAUCUUAGUGUGUAAAAAACAGGAUAUUACAGUGUGUUUGUGUAGGAACAUUUAUGCAAAAGGUUAUAUAAUGGUAAAUGUAAUAAAUUGAAAUAUUCAAGGUCGUCCAACAUAAGUGAUGCCGGAUUGAUUUAAUUGGUCGUUUCAAAGUAGGUGUUUUGCAAUAAUUGGACACAUGCUAUUCAGAAAUAGAAAUUAGGAGUUCUGAUGCAAAGUGCUCUUUUAAUCAUAGAAGUUAAGAGGGCUUAUAACGUUCUGAUAACAAUCAUGAUGCUGACUGUUCGUUCUUAAUAAUUUUAAAGCUUUAUGAAGCUUUUAAAUAUAUCCUCUCCUUAAUAUUAAAGACAUGCUAUUAUAAUAAUGAUAUUAUCAAAACUUGUUGAUUAAUCAUUUCAGCGAAGUUUUAAUUCCGUUCCUUGCUAUUCAUACCAAACAUUAAAAUAUCCUAGAAUAAAUUUGCCGAUAGUUAUUAGUUAUAGAUUGAAUUCUUUCCAAUACAAAAUAAUUAAAUGCUGAAUUGUCACCAAUCAUGAUAAAUGCGAUAUCAAUAAGAAAAAAAAUCAUAAUUUUAAUUUAACGGGAAAUGUUGCGACUUUAAGAUAAAACAAUUAUGCAUAGCAGAUCGAAAAGUCAUGUGAAAACACUUUUAUGUUAUCUUUUAAAUGUACAAAACAAACAACUGCUGAUUUGAACAUCAAGAAACAAUGGUAAGAAUCUGCACUUUACAGCAUUAAAAUAGUGAGAGGAGGACAUCCCAGCUCUGCCAAACUGAAAAUAUUGCAGGAUAUAUAUGAUCGACGGCAUGAAUUCAUGUACGCAGGCCAUUCACAUCCUCUAGCACUUGCUAAGGAAAAGUCAAAUAUUUGUUUUUUUUAAAUGGCGUUAUUGAGAAGAAGAUAAAAUAAGCCUUGUAACAGAAAAAAAGAUCAAGUUUUAAUGAUAAAUGAUCAUAUUGAUAUAUCUGCGAGAUAUAUAUAUGAAGUAUAAACAAGAAAUGUUGGUUCGUAUAAAUGAAAUACUUAUUUUUUCUGCUUUAUAAGAUGUUAUUAUUUUUCAGUGCUUCCUUGGCAAAUUGCUGAAAGGGUCUUUAACUCCAUCGGCAAUAAUUAAUGUGCAUCAAAAUCUGAUAACCAUGUUUUUAUUUUUAAAAUAGUUAACUAUUAUUUCAUUGUGAUGUUCUGUUACCAUGUUAUCAAUAAGAACUAAUUGAAAUGAAAAUUACAUGUCAGUGUGAUAAAAGAGCAAUUCAAUGAAUUACGUUUUAUUAAUUGAAUGCCUGUGCUUUUUUACAAUAGACAACAUUUACUUUUUACAACUGAAAGUAUAUUGCUAGAUUUAAAGAACAUAUCUCUCCAACAAGAAGGAGGUUCACCAGAAUUGUUUGUAUCAAUAAUCUAAAUAGACCAAUCUUUUGGGGUUUUUUUAUCAAUUUAAUUAAGAUAGCCCUCGAAAAGAAUAGCUGCGUGUUAGGGCAUAUAAACCUAGGUAAAUCUGUCAGCUAAGUGACCAUCAAUAUUUUUAUCUAUAUCUUAAAUGAAGUCUUCACUGCCAUGAAAAAUAUGAUUUAGUUUGAUUGAAACAGACGUCAAAAAAAAAACAUAUACACCCAUUGCAGUUUAUCAAGCAGAUAAAACAAAUCAUAAAAACAAUACAUUUUUACUCAAUACAUUACUUGAAAUGAUAAUCUCCAUAUUGAUAUGUCUAUUUGAUUCAUUGGUGUGAAAUGUAAAAACAAUAUAAAAAUGCAAUUUUGUUUUUCUCAUAAUUAUAAUAUUUGUCAUUAUUUUCGUCAGACUGGUGUUUGAUACUUGUAUAAUAUUCUGAAUGUUCUUGUACAGUGUAAAACUAUUUUUAUGAAAUAUGUAUGUUGUCAAUUUAUUAUUAUUUGUCAAUAAAUGCAACAUUAUAUUUACAAUUGUUCGAAUGCAGUAAUAUUUACGGUUUAUCUUGUCAUUUUGACAGCUUAUGGUGAUUGCAUGAUAAAUAUAUUAUAGCAAAUUGAGAUAAUCAUUUGUACAUUAUUGUAUAUGUCAUUAUUUGACAUACAUUGAGGGAUAUCAUUUAAUGAGUCAAACAAAUCCAUGCUUGUUUCUUUAUUGUUCUUGUAUUUCAUACAGGUGUCCCAUUGCGAAUAUCGAAUGUCUUGACCUACAGAUGCUGAAUAAAGAAAUAU